GAGAAUGCUAGCCGGGAUGUCACCAAGGGAGAACCCUCUUCAUGGCAAAAAGGAAACCCUGCUUCAACAUCAGAAGGAAACCCUGGGUUCUGAUGGAGAAACCUCUGAUUACCAACGAAGUACACCAUCUCCUAGAGACGGGGAUACCGGGAUACCGGAGUUAAUUACAGAAGGUCGGACUAAUGACACUGGUUGCUGGAAAUCAAGACUUGAGAACUGGAAGCAGGUCGGGAACAGUUCUAACCCCACCCUCCUCCUCUCCCCCUCCCUCUCCCCUGACCUUGGGUUCGUCGACUACCCUGAUAUAUCUGAUAGUUUCAAAACCUCCUGUGAUAAAAAACAUCUUGUAUGUAAUCCUUCAAUUAAAUCCGAGGGAGGAGUGGCAAGAUUUCCUAACGAGGGUGGAAGGCCACGCUACCUCCAACCACUUGGAAAGUAUUCAGCAGAGGCUCAGCCCCCUAAGGAAGCUGUGAAACUAAACAAGAAGCUCACAGUUGAGAUUGAAAAAUUGCCAAAGGUUUUAUCAAGAACAGUGGUUAGAUCUGAAUCAAAAAAUAUGUUCCUAGCUAGUGCUCCUCAACGGCGCAGUGUGCAUAAAAAUCGGUUUGAUUCGCGCACCAAACAAAUUUCAGUCAGUCAGAAGGAACUUUUAAAUUCGUUCAGAAUUGAAAAACCCCCCAGCGUGGCGAGCAAUAACUCGGAAACAAAUUUUACAAGUUUCUCUACGCGAUCAUUUUAUAAAUCGGAGAAGAAAAAUUUACGAGAUAAAAGUGAUAUUAAAGUUACAAAGACUGAUUUAAAUAAUGAAAUCAAAGAGUUAAUCAUCAGUUCCUCAAGUAAUGUGAUUAGAAGUGGACUCAACCCAGCUCAGGAAUCGCUCAAUCGCUUACUUUCCAAAUCACUUCCUAGCUCGCCCUUUAGCUCACCGUCAAGCUCAUUUCCUAGCUCGCCCUCAAGCUCCCAGUCGGCGGCGAGUUCAAAUGGCGGCUCAGAUUUCUCCCGACCGUUUCGGUUUCCCACCCUCGCUGGAAACUCUAGCUCUAUUCCCUGCAAGUGGUCGGGUUGCGGGCAAGGGUUCAACUCUCACGGGAAACUUUCAGAUCAUAUAAAGACUGUACACAUGAGUCCUCAGUUAGAAUGCGGAAGUAAAGAGUACAGCUGCCUAUGGACCGGAUGUAAAGUUUAUGCAGCAAAGUCAAGUAGUUCCUCGUGGUUAGAGAAGCAUGUACCACUUCAUGGGGGCAAACUUACAUUCACGUGUAUCGUCGAGGGAUGCAAGAUGCGCUUCAGCUCACAGGUUACGCUAGAAAGACAUGUUAACGCGCAUUUUACGGAAAAUUCCGGAAGUUCCUCUCAAACUGGGCCCAGGAAGAGCAUCGAAGGAGCGCCCGCUAGAAAGGUGCUCAAACGCGCCGGAGUCAAACUCAAAUUUCGGAAAUUGCCGUUUUCCGCACGGAUUUUCGACUUUUUCGACGCCGGCAUGAUGGCGGGAAUACGAGAUCAAGUGUCGAGCGUUCAGUCCCUGGCGGCCAAAUUUAGCAUUAAUGGCGACAAAAUGGUUUUACAGAGUAAAGCUUUGAGUUUACGAAUAGGAUCUAAUGGGGAGCGUGAAGUGCUGCUAAGAUGGACACCUGAAAAUAUGUUGCCCGAUGAAUGGGUCCCUCUUGAAUCUGUGACAGCUUCCCGAACGGUUAACCUGGGACAGCUCCCGGAAUCCGCCAAGCAGCUCCUUCAUCAAAACCUGCUGCUCCAUCCCAAGAGCGAGAAGCAGUCCCGAAAACGAAAAUGGGUUGAACCCAUUUCCCCAUUUCUGACGCCCGACGAGGCUAUGGAAGAAAAGCUAAAAGUGGGGGCGAAUGUGAAAAAGCCCCACCCGGCAGCACACCUCUUCUUGUAGAAUAAGUUAAAGAAGAAGAAAGAUCUCUAGAUAAACAUUCAUUUUGUGAAUUUAUAAAAAAAAGUGAUAAAAUUUAUUCUCUCGACCAAAAAUCCCAAUGUUUAAGUUUGGGUCUGAAGUGACUGAAAUCAACUUAUUUACUAAAUAUUAAAUGCCCCAAAAAUAUCAUGAUAUUUUAAACUUUGAAAUUAUCCCUUGUAAAGCUCAAAACUCAUGAAAAUGUGCCGACACCUCUCUGAAUUUAAACCGCCCAAUUUUCAUCAAAUAUUUUGGCGCUGAAAUCA